AUGACUUGGUUUGCUGAAGGAGAUAGGAAUACAAGUUUCUUUCACAAUCAUGUCAAUGGCAAAAGAAAGAAACUACAAUUGAAGAGGAUCAAAAGUGGAAGUGGGGUAUGGAUUGAAGACCAGGAGCAAUUGGCUACAGCUGCAGUGGACUUUUAUCAAGAACAGUUCACAAAUGAAGUUGAAGAGGUAAGGACAGCAGUUUUUGAACUUAGUGGGGAGAGUGCUAGUGGUCCAGAUGGAUUCACUAGCCUCUUUUAUCAAACAUGCUGGGAUGUUAUUGGUACUGAUAUACACAACAUGGUGCUACACUUCUAUGGAGGAGCUGCAUUGCCUAAAUCCAUCACCCACACCAAUUUAGUGUUGCUGCCUAAGAAACCUAGAGUUGAGACCUUUUCUGACUUAAGACCUAUUCGCUUGAGCAACUUCAUUAACAAGGUCUUGUCUAGAGUGUUACAUGAUAGAUUGGAAAUUUUUUUGCCUUCUUUAAUAUCUCCUAAUCAAUCCGCAUUUGUGAAAGGUAGGAGUAUAUUUGAGAACAUCUUAUUGACUCAAGAAAUUGUCAUUGACAUAAGGUUAAGGGGAAAGCCAGCUAAUGUGGUGAUCAAGCUUGAUAUGGCUAAGGCUUAUGAUAGGGUUUCAUGGAAGUACUUAUUGCAUUCAUCAGGGUUCUUUAAGUCUACAAGGGGUGUGAAGCAAGGGGAUCCUCUAUCACCAGCAUUGUUCAUUCUAUCAGGUGAGGUACUUUUCAGAUCUUUGAAUAAGCUAUUUGAAGACAGGUCAUUUGUGGGAUUUGGAAUGCCUAAGUGGUCUGAUCCUUUAAACCACUUGGCAUAUGCUGAUGAUACUAUAAUCUUUGCUUCUGCUCAUCCUCCAUCCUUGAGCAAGAUUAUGGCGGUUGGAGCUAUUACAGGAUUUACAAAAGGUAAAUUCCCCUUCACAUAUCUAGGUGUCCUGUUUUCUACACUAGAAGGAGGAAGGAAUAUUAUGAAGAUUAUCAAGAAAGUAAAGGCUAAAUUGCAUUCAUGGAAAGGAAAGUUGCUGUCAUUUGGAGGAAAGGCAACAUUCAUUACUAGUGUGUUGCAAAGUAUGCCAGUCCACAUGUUAUCAGUCCUGCAUCCACCAAAAAAUGUCCUGGAGCAUCUUCAUAAGAUUUUUGCUAGAUUCUUUUGGAGCACAAAGGAAGAAGGGAGAAGCAGACAUUGGGCCUCAUGGCAAAAUCUUUGCCUUCCUAAAGAGGAAGGAGGCCUAGGUUUUAGGUCCUUACAUGAUGUGUCGAGGGCAUUGUUUGCUAAACUAUGGUGGAUUUUUAGGACCACAAAAUCUUUGUGGUCUAAUUUCAUGUGGAAUAAGUAUUGCAAGAAGGAGAUACCAACGGUGGUGCAGUUUAGAAGGGGGUCUAAUGUUUGGAGAAAAAUGUUGAAUGCUAGGGAAGAAGUAGAACAUGAGAUCCUAUGGGAAUUCAAGAGUGGAACAACUAAUAUUUGGCAUGAAAAUCGGACUGGAUUGGGUGUACUUUAUCAUGUAUUACCUGAGGACUUUCCAAUCAAUGAAGAUCUUCAGGAUGUGGCAGAAUUACGGCAAGGUGAAACAUGGGAUGAUCAGCUUCUAGAUCAAACCUUCAAUGAGGAAAUUGCAGAACAUAUAAGGCUAAAUGUACAUUAUGAAGGCAGUGAGGGAUACUGGAUAGGCCAUACUGGAUGCCAACUCCUUCAGGAAUUCAAGUUAAUAUGGAUUAAAGGCUUACCAUUUAAGAUAUCCUUCUUCUUGUGGAGAUUGUGGAGGAAGAAAAUAGCCACUGAUGACAUAUGGAGGAGGCAAGGGCAAAUGGUGAUGUCUAGGUGUUGGUGUUGUCAGCAGCCCCAAGAGGAAUCUAUUGAGCAUAUAUUAAUCACAAGUCCUACUGCCUCUAAAGUAUGGAACUUGUUCAUGGGGGUUGCUGGAAUUACUGUGCCACCGAUUCAAUUGAAGCAGGUUAUAAGGCAUUGGUGGUAUGCUCAAUGUUGUCCAAAGCUAAAGCCAUUGUUUCAAGCAGUACCGGCUAUCAUCACUUGGGAACUUUGGAAGAGAAGAAAUGCAGGUAAACAUGGGGGUUCAGUGUCGACAAAUAGGGUGAUUCAUGAGAUCAAUAGGACAUUGCAUCAACUGGCAAGGGUGAGGAAAUCCUGGCCUAGAUCAUUAGGCUUUUGUGUGAGGAAUGAUGAAGGUGAUGUGGUGUAUGCAAGGGCAGUAGACCUGGGAGUGACUACUAAUGUGGUGGCUGAAGCUAAGGCUAUUCUUCAAGGAUUGGAAUAUUGUGUGGAGUAUGAUCUUCACCCUCUCAUAUUGGAGACUGAUUCAUUAGUGAUGAAGAAAGUGAUAGAAGGGGAAUGGGAUACUCCUUGGUUAAUUACAAAUGAUGUGAAGAAAAUUAGAGAGAUGAAGGGCAACUUCAAUGUGAUCUUUCAACAUGUGUUCAGAGAAGGUAUAUCUGAGUUCCACUCAUUCUCUGAACUGCCUAGUGCAGGGAGGAGGUUGAUUAAUUUAGACAAGUCUCAAACUCCUAACCUUAGGGUUGGAAUAGCAAAAAGAAGAGCCCCAGACUGA